AUGAACUCGGCGACGACUACGACAACGAAGAGCAGAGCUCUCCGUCGUUUCGCGUUGCACGCUACCUCUACGUGCGCGACGCAGGCGGAAGCAUAUGGCAAAUGCAUACUUGCGACAUACACCGACGUUAGGAAGGAUGCAUGCAAGGAAGAGUUCGCCAAGUUCGGCGCCUGCUUGAGGGAAUCGGUGCGUCUUCCCCGGAAAUGA